AUGGAGAAGCAACAGUGGCCACUGAUGGAGUACCCAGUGGGCAACAUCACCAAUGAGGACUUCCUGGCCAUGAUAGGCAACGUCUCGGGCCUGGUGGAGCCGACAGGGGGCGCCAAUGACACCCUCAUCAACGCCACCCUGUCGCCAAUCUCCACCACGAGCGCCGCCGCCGUUCCCGGCACCUAUCCCAGCGGCUACACGAUAGCGCACAUCGUGUUCGCCUCCAUCGUGGUCACCAUCCUCAUGGUGAUCAUCGUGGUGGGCAACAUGCUGGUGAUCAUCGCCAUUGCCACGGAGAAGUCGCUGAAGAACAUCCAGAACUGGUUCAUCGCGUCGCUCGCCGUGGCGGACUUCUUCCUCGGCCUCGUCAUCAUGCCCUUCUCGCUGGCCAACGAGCUCAUGGGCUACUGGAUCUUCGGCGCCUGGUGGUGCGACAUCCACUCCGCCAUGGACGUGCUCCUCUGUACGUCCAGCAUCAUGAAUCUGUGCCUGAUCUCCCUGGACAGGUACUGGAGCAUCACGAAGGCCGUGGAGUAUCUCAAGACCAGGACACCCGCGCGCGCCGCCAUCAUGAUCACCGCCGUGUGGAUAAUGUCCGGCCUCAUCUGCAUCCCACCGUUGCUGGGCUGGAAGGCCAAGCAGCCCGAAGGACCCCUGCCGCAGUGCCAGGUGAGCUGA